ACGUCGCGCAUGCGUGUCAAACGUCAAAACGUCAAGUGUAUCAAUUUACUGCGUUAUGAUUUUGAUAAGGAUCAUGUACAGUUGUAAUUAUUAUCCUCGUGCGUGAUUUUGUGCACGAUCACGUCGAAAAUUGACAAACUCUACGUUUUUCUUCAUGCCAAGGACAUAAUGUUAAAGUACAUUUCUCUUGUCACGAUAGUUAUUUUAACCUGUCUGUCGCAGUCCGAGGCGCAAUAUGACGACAAGAGAUGCAAAUGUAUUUGUCCGAGCCUCUCUUCUGUUAUAAAUACAACGCAGUCGUCUACGGACCGUCUCGCAUAUAUUAUAAACGUGCCACCAUUACAAUGCAAAUGCGAAAGCGUUGUUCUACCAAAACUUGGAGAUCAGAUAAAAGGAAAAGAAGAAAUAUUUUGCCCAAGAUGUGACUGCAAAUACGAAAAUAGAAACACAACUAUUAUUAAGAUUGUAGUAAUAAUAGUUAUAUGGGUCAUAUCACUAUUGGUGAUAUAUAUGUUAUUCUUAAUUUGUUUGGAUCCAUUACUUAACAAGCGGAUACAUAAAGCUUCGGCAAAUAUUGGUUAUCAUGAGCAUAAUAAUGAGGAUGAUGAUUCAUCUCUUGCACCUGGAACUUCUCACCCAAUGGGAGAAAGAGGCAAUGUUUUGAAUCGUGUUGGACACCAGCAAGAUAAGUGGAAGCGACAAGUUCGUGAACAAAGGAGGAUCAUUUAUGAUCGUCAUACUAUGCUGAAUUAAGAAUUACAUAUUUUGUUAUAAAUAUAAAAUAUUUAAAAUAUAGAUGCUUUAGUUGAUAAUGAUUUUUUUCAAUAUUUUGAGAAGUUUUCUACAGAUAUUCGUAUUGAUAAAAAUAUAUUGCAGUAGUAAAGAGUAUUAUUAAAGAUCAGCAAAUUACUCAUUUUCAUAAAAAUAAUUAGCUGACAUGUUAUAGAUGUUAUGUUAAUGUUAAACUAUAUGCAGAAAUGUUAUAUAUAAUUUGUAUAUAAUUUUGUGCGAUUUUAAUGUAUAAUUAAAUAAUAAAUUAUUAAAAUACAUAUUAAUCGCCUGCAUUGUAAUAUGCAUGUAUUUUUAUCAAAACUAUGAAUAAAUCACACAAACUUAAUACUUAUAUAUGUGCUCAAAAUUGAUCGUACAUCAUCGUAAAAUUAAUUCGUGAAAAGAUUUCAAUAAUUUUGGCUCCAUGCGAAAAGUUAAUUUUGGUGUGUGAUAUUUUAAAAUGCUUUUCAUCUAUAUUUAUAACUUUAUACAAAGAUACAUAUAGAUUUCACUAUUUGAAUUUAAAUAUUUCUAAAUCUUAAUAGUACACAUUUAUAAGACGAUCGUUUCUAUACCGCCAUAAAAUUAUGAAAUUCCUAAAAUUUCACAAAUUUUUCAAAGCUGCUUUCGAUCAAUUCCUUGAUUGUGUCAUAUAAUGUCAAAACGACAGCACCACCGGUGCCACGAAGAAUGUUAGAGAAUGCGCCUUUAAAGAAAGCUUUGGGUCCUUCGAUCUUUGUUAUCUUUAUCCAACAAUCUAAUGUAUUUUUGUACAUCAUAUCGGUCUUGCUUCGACCUGAUUGCAUCAUCAUUCGUCUUCUGACUGUAUCAAAGGGAUAAGAUACGAAGCCCGCUACCGUUGUUACUACCUGUAAGAAAAGAUAUGAGAAAUUCGUAAUAAAAAUAUUUAAAAAACAUU